AUAAGGCUGUAACGUAACAAAAUGUGGAAAAAGUCAAGGGGCCUGAAUUUUUUCCAAAUGCACUGUAUAUAUAAAUUCUCUUUAGGGGGCAGGGCGACGCGUAUUAUAAAUGCUUUGUAACUUCAUGAGGUGUUUUGUAACUUUGUGGUACACCCCCAACUGUACAAUCCAUCAGGUUGGUUACUGUCACCUGUGAAGCUUGUUUACAACCAACCACAACACUCUUCGCCAAGCAGCAUCCGAUCAGGGAUCUACAGUGUGGAAAGGUGAUGAUAGGGGAAGGCUGAUUAAUCAGUAGCAGAUGGUGAUUGAGGGAAAGUCCUCCACAUGUUUUAUAUUUAUAUCAACACAAGUAACCUGGUUGGUGUGGCUGCCUUUCUGGACACAGUGCUGCUUGUUAUUCACUUGGGAGUCUGUUGACCCUAACAGAACUGAGAGGCAGCAGCCGGUUCACACACUACUGCAAUGACAGACCGUGGGGUUUGAUGGAAUGGGAUCACUUUUUGUGAUCCCAUUUUGAUCACUUUAUGUAUCUAGUCUAUUGUUGUUUCCCUAUUCGUCUCAUUGCAGCCAGCGACGAUAUUACCACAUGGCUUUCUUCAUGAGAUUAACUCCUAGUGUCCAUGUGACUAAUCCAUUCCACUGUACCAGGCCAGGCCCCAUCUCUCUCUUUCUCUGUCAAGGAGGACAUCCCACUAAUCACUUUUACUUAAUAAGGGAUUUAGACUGCCAAGUCCCAUUGAUACAGAUCUUUUAUUGCCUUGCUCUCUGAAUAGAAUUCAGUUGCUUGCUGUGUUGGCUGGGAGAGAGAAAGACCCAUUGUUCCCCAUAAACACAUUAUGGGCCAGUCUUAAUCCCACAUGUGAAAAUAGAAAGAGAAACUCUCCCUGUCCUGCCUUGCCAGACUGUGUGAUAGGGUUACAAUAGGACCAUCUUUCUCAGAACUGUGAUUCUCCUCACUUGGCAAGGCUUCCAGACUGCCCUAUGACAGUGAGAUUGAGGUCAUUAAGAUGAAGCACUUCUCCCAACACUGUGGACAUAAUGCAGUGGGUUAAUCAAUGUUUUAGUGGGGGGGUAUGCACACAUCCAUAAAAAUACUUGUCCCUGGUGUCUGUUGUUCCACUGCAUGUUUACCACACUGGAUCCGUACCAAGGCAAAAAUGGACUGGUCAAAGACAUUACAGAGGGAACUCAUUUAAUUUAGCUCCUUUUUGAAUUGCUUUACUGAUGCAUUUAACCUACCUACUUGGCAUUUGUCUUCACUUUGACUGUAAAUAUAAGUAGGGCGAUUCUUAUGAAAACAAAUCCCUGUGAGAGAGACUUCUGUGGUGGGGAGGCUGGGACCAGCUAUUACUUGCAUGACCCCUCCACAAACCUUUCUCAAAUGUUUUCUUGGAACUAUAGUGGAGAACUGAAGAGUUGUUCCUUAAGGUCAACUGUCCAACUACUUUCUACUCAAGUGGGAAUAUUGGGUGGAUAAUAUAUUUGAUGAGUCAACAAUUUUGUCCCAAAAUGAACAUUCUCUACCACGCUGCAGUAGGGAGAUAGCCCAAAACAACCUGCCUUGCUUGACUCAGAUUGGAUUGUCCAAUAUAAAAUUAUCUGUGUUGGGAUUUGCAGGUUAAGAAAGCUUAGGGCUUUAAUGUCAUGAUGUCACAUUAAUUAGCGGCCCCUCUUAUCCUUUCAGUCUCUAAGCCACUACAUUCUGUCAGCUUGUAGCAGAGUAAAGGACGUUUUGGUGAUUUGUCCAGCACCACAGCAGAGGAUGCACGUCGGUGCAAACGGAGGCCACUAACUACCCACCGUUUACACCUUGCGACUUUACCGGGUGAUGCGUCUGUAAGAGAAGGGAGGCAAACGAGAACGAUUCAAAAUGGGAGACAAGGAUAGUGUGGAGAAGUACCUGGAGAACAAUCCCCAGUUCGCCAAAGAGUAUUUUGAGAAAAAGUUGAGCCCGGAAGUGAUCGCGACAACGUUCGCAGAAAAUCUCAAAGAUCAGUCUUCCUUCAAAGAUGUCUCCCAAAUUCAGGAGGCCAACAUCAUCUAUGACCUGGUCAAAGAAAUGCAAUCGCAAAUCGUUAUGGAAAAGGUAUUGCACAAGGUCCUGCAGAGAGUUUGCUCGAUUUUGAAUGCCGACCGGUGCAGUUACUUUGGUCUUCGAGCUAGAAAUGGAAUACCUGAGCUUACAACGACGCUCUUCAAUGUCACCCCUACCUCCAAAUACGAAGAAAACCUAGUCAACCCCGCUAAUGAGAUUGUGUUUCCAGUCGAUAUGGGGGUAGUUGGAUACACAGCGCACUCCAAAAAGAUGCAAAACAUUCCGGAUGUUACAAAGAAUAACCGUUUCAGUGACUUUGUGGACAAGCAGACAGGAUACAAAACCAAAAACAUGCUCUCAUUCCCCAUGAUGGCUGAUAAGGAAUGCCUUGGUGUUGCCAUGGCACUAAACAAAAUUGGGGCUGAAGAAUUCUCAAAAGCCGAUGAGGAACUCUGGAACAAGUACUUGGUCUUUGCCCAAGUCAUUGCCACACAGCAUCACACUGCAUACAUGUUCAACGUGGAAUCCAGGAAAGGUCAGGUCCUUCUGUGGUCUGCCAGCAAAGUAUUUGAAGAGUUGACAGACAUUGAGAGACAGUUCCACAAAGCUCUGUACACUGUGAGAAUCUACCUCAAUUGUGAAAGAUACUCUGUGGGCCUCUUGGACAUGACCAAAGAGAAGGAGUUCUACGAUGAGUGGCCAGUGAAGCUGGGAGACGUACCGCCAUACAGCGGACCAAAGACCCCCGACGGAAGGGAAGUCAUCUUCUACAAGAUCAUCGACUAUCUCUUAGAAGGACCCAAAGAGGAAAUCAAAGUCAUACCGGGUCCUCCUAUUGACCACUGGGCCCUGGUGAGUGGGCUCCCCACUUACGUGUCAGAGAACGGUUUUAUUUGUAACAUGAUGAACGUUGCCGCUGAUGAGUACUUCACGUUCCAGAAAGAGGCUGUGGAUGAGUCAGGUUUCGUCAUCAAGAACGUCUUGUCCCUUCCCAUCGUCAACAAAAAGGAAGAAAUCGUGGGUAUUGCCACUUUCUUCAACAGGAAAGAUGGUAAACCAUUCGAUGAGCACGACGAACAGAUCACUGAGGCCCUCACUCAGUUCCUGGGAUGGUCGGUGUUGAACUGCGACACGUACGACAGACUGAACCGAAUGGAGUGGAGAAAGGACAUCGCCCAGGAGAUGCUCAUGUGCCAGACUAGAUGCACCAACACAGAAAUGCAGAGUAUCCUGAACACAAAGGAAAAGUUUGAUGCGGAUCCAGAGGACUGUGACCAGAAAGAGAUGUACAAACUCUUGAGAUCAAAUUGUCCUGUGGCCAUAGACGUCGACCUGCUACUGUUCUCCUUCAGUGACUUUCCUGUGACUGAGCACGGCCUCAUCAUGUGCGGAAUUCGCUGCUUCUUUGAGUUGAACGUGGUGGAGAAGUUCAAAGUGCCAGCAGAGACCCUCACGCGAUGGAUGUACACCGUCCGGAAAGGUUACCGUGACAUCACUUACCACAACUGGAGACACGGCUUCAACGUGGGCCAGACCAUGUUCUGUCUUCUACAGACUGGCAGGCUGAGGAAAUAUUACUCUGACCUGGAUGCCUUUGCCAUGGUGGCCGCUGCAUUCUGCCACGAUAUUGACCACAGGGGGACCAACAACUUAUACCAGACAAAGAGUGGAUCGCCUUUAGCCAAACUGCACGGAUCCUCCAUCAUGGAGAGGCACCAUUUGGAGUAUAGCAAGACGCUCAUGGCUGAGGAGAGCCUGAACAUCUUUGUGAAUCUCCAGAAGCGUCAGUUUGAGACUGUACAGCACUUGUUUGACGUCUGCAUCAUUGCCACUGAUCUGGCCUUGUACUUCAAAAAAAGAACAAUGUUCCAGAACAUUGUGAACGCCACUGAGCCAAUGGAAACCGAGAAGGAUAAAAUCGAUCAUAUUUCCAACAACCCAAUCAGGAAGGAAAUUAUCAUGGCCAUGAUGAUGACAGGUUGUGACUUGUCUGCCAUCACCAAACCAUGGGAAGUCCAGAGCAAGGUGGCUCUUAUGGUCGCAGCUGAGUUCUGGGAGCAAGGUGACUUGGAAAGGACCGUUCUCGAUCAGCAACCCAUUCCCAUGAUGGACAGAAACUGUGCAGCGGAGUUACCCAAGAUGCAGUGCGGUUUCAUUCAGUUUGUGUGUGCGUUCGUAUACAAGGAAUUCUCAAGGUUCCACGUAGAGAUCACCCCCAUGUUUGAUGGGCUGAACAUCAACCUAAAGAACUGGAAAGAGCUGGCCGACAUCCACGCUGCCAAGAUGGCGGCCAUUGAGGAAGAGAAAAAGAAGCUUGAGGCACCACCAGCAGAGGAGGUUCCAGAGGGGGGAAAGUCCAAGACCUGCACCAUUGCCUAACCCCCUGGACUGUGCCUCUGCCCUUGCUGUGUGGUGGAGGAUCCCUAGGUGCAGCAGGCAAUCAGUGUGAAGUUGUGUCCCUGUGUGGACUGUUCGCUUCCCCUCAUUCUCAGGACUUGAUAAGCCAAUCCUGGUGGAUCAACACACUCAACACAGAUGUACCAGCAGUUGGAGCAUUACCAUAUCUGGACAGCACAGUUAAAGUAGAGCAUAUCUUUCACAGAUAACUAACUAUAGGUACUACUUAAUCGACAACUAACAUCAUCUAUGUAAUGAAACAAACAUUACAUCUUAACAUUUGCCAAAUGGCAUAUACCGUAUUUAAAUACUAUUUAUUGAGACACAUUCUGCUUGGGGAAAUAAUUAGCUGUACAUUUUUAUCCAUACUCUGAUGGUCCAUAAAGAUAUGAGGGUGAGAGUUCAGUGGACAAACUUUUAUAACUGAGCUGUUUUAUGAGAACAGGAAUACUGCUAAAUAUCUGAUAUACUCAUCUCAGGAUUUUUUACGAACAAAUAUGAGUACAAAUGAUAACACAAACUCUGUAGAAAGAGAGAGACAGACACUGUUCCUUUAGAAUGAUGUGCUGUAAGAGCACAAGCUUCUUCCCAUAACUCAAGCUUAAAAGGUCAACUUGCUACUAUGUUUUAGCAAGUGACAAUUGACUUUACCGAAGGUUAAUACAGUAGCAAUGCUGAAAACGUGUACACUCAUCUGAGCCUUGUGAGGGUAUAUUUAUGUUAAUAUGCUAAAUAUAUAUUUUUGGAUGUUUGUCAGAUUUUCUACUUGAUGUAUUUUAAGAGUCUUUAGAUCGUAUGAACUGAUGAUCUGGUUAGAAGUCGCGUUUGAGCAUCAGGUAUCCAUUGCAAACUGUGUACAACUUUAAACUGCACAACAUUUUCCCAAUAACUUGAAAAUGUAAUAUACAUAUUACUUGCUAUUUAUACAUAUGUGUAUCAUAAAUUGAAAUGCAGUAAUCUUUCAAAAAUGUAGAUUAUCCUAUUAUGUAUGUGCAUUCUCCAAAGAAAUGUAGUUCAUCACAUAGGAAAUGUAUGUAAAAUAUGUACAAAUUAAAUCUACAAUUUGCUUGUUACUAGGAGGCAAGCCUUGGAAAUGUUCUAUCAGGUUCGUGUGUCUUCAAGUACCUGACCAUAAGAUGAUUUGAUGGGAUUGAGGUUGCUUGCCAGACAGCUUUUGAGAUCUGCACAGCUUUAAACUUUAAAUACCCUACUUACUGUAGAUAAAGCAGGCUACUGAAGUCUUAUCAUAUCUACUGUUUGUGAGGGCCAUCAUGUUUGUUUGAUGGAGUACCAGCCUCCAAUGUGGUCUCAGGCAGGCCAAAGUCCUUCUUUUCUUUGUUUUACCUUUUGGGGACCGGUGUAAAAUGUACUUAUGCAACAGUGAGAAAGUGUAUUGAUGAACCCGAUUGAAUUGCAAUGGGGUUCCCAUAAAAAGAACUCCUUACAAAUCCUGCCGAGACAUCUCCUUUCGACCUACUGUAACAGGUGACUGAGACGUCUGUGGAGGAAUCCCAAAGUGGCCGUAAGCAGGAAACACAACGCAGGCAAAGUUUGAUUCUUUGCUUAUGCAACGUGCCCUCUCAAGCAAGAGCACUAAUCCAAUAAGAGUGGCUUUGACAGCCAACCUGCAUCUUAAAUGGCUUCUCUGAAUCUUUGUUCCUAAAGCUGAUAGGCAGGGCAGACCACUCGGAUCAAGGCUUUACACUAUGACAGCCAUAUGGGAAAGUGAGUUCAUCUCAUCUGCGCAUACAUUUAAAGGAUCCCAAAAUGUAUAUCUACUGAUUACAUUGAGUUAUCAUUGAGAGAGAUUAGAAUUUGAUGUCUCAUGAAACAAAUUCUCCUGUAUGUACGUGUCAUAAGCUGUAACGUGUUAACAAAAUAAAGGCAUACAUCAAAGUC